AUGGAUCCCGCGGCCUACAUUGCCAUUCUCUCCCUAGUCUUACUCUUCCUCCUCCAUCGUCUCCUAGGUCUCGCCAGCCGCAAUGGCAUGAACAAGAGUAUGCGGCUGCCGCCGAGCCCUCCGGCCAUCCCGUUCCUGGGCCACCUCCACCUCGUCAAGACGCCGUUCCACGCGGCGCUGGCACGGCUCGCCGCGCGCCACGGGCCGGUGUUCUACAUGCGCAUGGGGUCUCGCCGCGCCGUGGUCGUGUCCUCGCCGAACGCCGCCAGGGAGUGCUUCACGGAGCACGACGUCGCCUUCGCCAACCGCCCACUGUUCCCCUCGCAGAAGCUCGCGUCCUCCGGCGGCAACUCCCUCUCCAUGGCCAGCUACGGGCCCUACUGGCGCAACCUCCGCCGCGUCGCUGCCGUGCAGCUCCUCUCCGCGCACCGCGUCGCCUGCAUGUCCCCCGCCAUCUCCGCCGAGGUGCGCGCCAUGGUGCGGAGGAUGAACCGCGCCGCCGCGGUGGCGCCCGGCGGCGCCGCGCGCGUCCAGCUGAAGCGGAGGCUGUUCGAGGUCUCCCUCAGCGUCCUCAUGGAGACCAUCGCGCAGACCAAGACGUCCCGCACCGAAGCGAACGCCGACACGGACAUGUCGCCCGAGGCACAAGCUUUCAAGCAGAUCGUUGACGACAUCGUGCCGCAACUUGGCACGGCCAACCUGUGGGACUACCUGCCGGUGCUGCGGUGGUUGGACGUGUUCGGCGUGAUUAACAAGCUCGUGGCCGCGGUGAGCCGAAGGGAUGUGUUCCUGCGGCGACUCAUCGACGCAGAACGGCGGAGAGAGGGCGGCGGCGGCGACAACGAGAAGAAGAGCAUGAUUGCCGUGCUGCUUUCUCUGCAGAAGUCAGAGCCGGAGUUCUACACCGAUACCAUGAUCAAGUCGCUGUGCGCGAACAUGUUUGGCGCCGGGACGGAGACAACGUCGACCACAACGGAAUGGGCCAUGGCGCUCCUCCUCAACCACCCAGAGAAGCUCAAGAAGGCGCAGGCCGAGAUCGACGCGGCCGUGGGCACCUGGAGCCUGAUCACCCCGGACGACGUGCCGCGCCUCGGCUACCUCCAGAGCAUCAUCAACGAGACGCUCCGCCUGUACCCGGCGGCGCCGCUGCUGCUGCCGCACGAGUCCUCGGCGGACUGCAAGGUGGGCGGCUACGACGUGCCCCGCGGCACGAUGCUGCUCGUGAACGUGUACGCCAUCCACAGGGACCCCGCGGCGUGGGAGGACCCGGCUGAGUUCAGGCCGGAGCGGUUCGAGGACGGCGAGGCCGAGGGCCGGCUGCUGAUGCCGUUCGGGAUGGGGCGGCGCAAGUGCCCCGGCGAGACGCUCGCGCUGCGGACGGUCGGGUUGGUGCUCGGCACGCUGAUCCAGUGCUUCGACUGGGACAGAGUCGACGGCGCCGUGGUUGACAUGACGGAGAGCAGCGGGCUGACCAUCCCUAUGGCCGUUCCCUUGGAGGCCAUGUGCAGGCCUCGUGCAGCUAUGCGUCAUGUUCUCGAGGAGCUCUGAUGGAACGGCUCGAGUCUGUGUACUCUGGUAUAUGGGCUAGUUCUUCGUGGGGAUCAUCGGUUCUUUGUGGAAUAAAGUAUAAUCUCGAAGGGAAGGCAUAGUGUGUGUCUUGAAUAAAGUAUAACCUCGAAGGGAUCCUCGAUCUGUAAAUUAUACUGCUAUGGACGACGGGUUUGUAAUAUGAACAAUUAGCUCUUGUCUGAGAGUA